GAGUUCCCUUCCUAUGCCCCCCCAACCAAAAUCUGGCUUUAGACUCACCCCCACCCACUCCCACCCGCUCCCUAUGCAGACACUCCUUGCCUUACUCCCUCUCAAGCUUUCCUGAUCCCCUCACCCAGAUAGCCCCCCCAGUCAGGAUCCAGUCCCCCGCCGCUGAGACAGCCACGGGCCACAUUGAGGCAGAAGCCCCGGCAGGGUGGAAGAGAGGGGACCCCUCGGCAAAGAGGGCAGCCAGUCAGACGCAUGACAGCCCGGCUGCAGCCUUCGGACACCGACACCUGGGGACAGAGAGCAUGGUGGAGUCAUCCACAAACACCAUGGCUGCCUUCAGCCCAGCUUGGCACUGGGCAUAGAGGGAAAUCAAAUAUACCGCCCCACCUUGCCCAGGCUCCUGGUCAUGUGGAGAACUGGACAUGAGCAUCUAGGAUGAGUGACCCAUGUGGUGGUGGGAAAGACCACAAGACCACCAUAGCUUUAAGGUGGGGGCCCUAGGGGCCAGUCAGAGACUCCUUCAUGGGAGUAGUGGAGCUAGAGAGGCAGUGGGGGGGGGGGUCUGAGAAAAGGUGGAAGGACAAGAGUGAGCCCAUCAUGGUUAGGGAGGUGGGAGGCAGUGAGGAGGGCUGGCUGGCAGGAGGGGGAAACAUAUAGGAAGUAACAAGAGAGAAGACUGGGAGGUUAGGGAGAAGACAGGCAGUAGAAAGGAGGGCUUGAAGGCCAAGCAAGGAAUCUGGCCUUCAGCAGCAGGGAAAGGGGAGCCACCGAGGGGUCCUGGGGGAUACCAGGAGGGUCGAUAAUCCAAGCUUGGGCACCCCUGGGGGCUGAUGGGGAUAUGAGUCAUCAGAGGGCAGAAGGUCAGAAAUCAUGGAUCAUGACCCAAGGGACACUUCAUUCUGACUCUUCUUCCUUCCUGAAUUACCCAGGGACACCAGGGCCUGGAGGCCUCUCCUGCCAGCUGGCAUCUGACUUUUCUUCAUCUGACUUUUCUGCCUCUCCCUCCCUGGCCCUGUCCAUACUCAGGCUCCCUCUAACCUUAAGUGCUGUGCUGACCACAUCUCUUCCAGUUGCCAGGCCCUGGAUAAGAGCACGGGCAGCCACGAGAGCACGAGUUAUCUGGAGAAGGGGAGAGAAGCCAGCGUGUGAACCAGGAAGGAGCCGCUCUCCUCCACCAAGCCUCGGAAGGUGUCCUCAGUCUCCCUGGUCAGCCUCUGCUCUGUCUCACUGGAACAGCAAGUAUACUCCUGGGGACAGAUCCGGAGGUGCUCACCUGGACAGAGAGACACACAGGAAUGAUGGGAUGUGCUGGAUCACCAUGCCUACCCUGCGAUCCUCCUCCUCUCGGCGCCAUGGCUCCUCCUCCCCAAGCAGCGUGUCCUCUCUGCAGAAAAGUGGACAGAGGGGCUUGUCUUCAUCAUCUAGUUCCCCUGUCAGUCAGCCUCAUGAUGAGAGGGACUGGGGCCAUAUUUCAGAGGGGAAUGGUGGCUCUUCAUCACCUGAUGAAGGCAGUGACUUUGAAGACAGCUUGAGACGCAGUGUGAAGAAGAGACGAGCAAAACGACCACUUGAAACAACUCCAGUAGCAAAACAGCCAAAGAAGGGGUCCCAAAUGGUACGUGAUCGCCGCCAGAAAGAGUCAGAGCCACCAGCCAGUGAUCUCUUUGAUGCUGUGAAGGCUGCCAAAAGUGACAUGCAGACUUUGGUGGAUGAGUGGCUGGAUAGCUACAAGCAAGACCAGGAUGCAGGAUUCCUGGAGCUCAUUAACUUUUUCAUUCGCUCUUGUGGCUGUAAAGGCACUGUGACCCUCGAGAUGUUCAAAAAGAUGUCCAACUCUGAGAUCAUCCGGCAUCUGACAGAACAGUUUAAUGAGGACUCAGGGGACUAUCCCUUGACAGCCCCAGGUCCAUCCUGGAAGAAGUUCCAGGGCAGCUUCUGUGAGUUUGUGAGGACUUUGGUUUAUCAGUGCCAGUAUAGCCUCCUUUAUGAUGGCUUCCCCAUGGACAACCUCAUCUCCCUGCUCACUGGCCUUUCAGACUCCCAAGUCCGUGCCUUCCGUCACACUAGCACCCUGGCUGCCAUGAAGCUGAUGACCUCCCUAGUAAAGGUUGCCCUCCAACUGAGUCUGCACAAAGACAACAAUCAGCGUCAGUAUGAGGCUGAACGAAGCAAGGGGCUGGGGCAGAGAGCUCCAGAGCGGCUGGAGAGCCUGCUGGAGAAACGCAAAGAGCUCCAAGAGCAUCAAGAGGAGAUUGAGGGAAUGAUGAAUGCCCUCUUCAGGGGUGUCUUUGUACAUCGGUACAGGGAUGUGCUUCCUGAGAUCCGGGCUAUCUGCAUCGAGGAGAUUGGGUCUUGGAUGCAAAGCUACAGUACCUCUUUCCUCACUGACAGCUAUUUAAAAUACAUUGGCUGGACCCUACAUGAUAAGCAUCGAGAAGUCCGUUUAAAGUGCGUGAAGGCUCUGAAAGGCCUGUACAGCAACCGGGACCUGACUGCACGCCUGGAGCUCUUCACCAGCCGCUUCAAGGAGCGGAUGGUUUCCAUGGUCAUGGACAGAGAGUAUGACGUGGCAGUGGAGGCCGUCAAGCUACUAACAGUUAUCCUUCAGAACAUGGAAGGGGUGCUGACAGACACAGACUGUGAAAGCAUCUACCCCGUUGUGUACGCCUCUAAUCGAGCCCUGGCUUCCGCUGCAGGAGAGUUUCUGUACCAGAAGCUCUUCUACCCUGAGUGCGAGACAAGAGCAGUGGGCAGAAAAGAACGACGCCGAAGUCCACGCUCCCAGAGGACUUUCUUUCACCUUCUGCUGUCCUUUUUUGUGGAGAGUGAGCUCCAUAACCAUGCUGCUUACUUAGUAGAUAGCCUUUGGGACUGUGCAGGUCCUCACCUGAAGGACUGGGAGAGUCUGACAAGCCUGCUGCUGGAGAAGGAUCAGAACCUGGGCGACGUGCAAGAGAGCACACUGGUAGAAAUCCUUGUGUCCAGUGUCCGGCAAGCUUCAGAGGGUCACCCGCCUGUGGGGCGGGUCACUGGGAGGAAGGGCUUAACCCCUAAAGAACGUAAGAUCCAAGCCGAUGACAAGGUGAAGCUGACUGAGCACCUCAUCCCACUGUUGCCUCAGCUCCUGGCCAAGUUCUCAGCUGAUGCAGAGAAGGUUGCUCCCCUGCUGCAGCUUCUCAACUACUUUGACCUCAACAUCUACUGCACCAGACGCUUGGAGAAGCACCUGGAGCUGCUCUUGCAGCAACUUCAGGAGGUGGUGGUGAAGCAUGCUGAGCCAGCAGUGCUCGAGGCUGGAGCUCACGCCCUCUACCAGCUCUGUAAGCCCGAGUUCACUUUCUUCAGCCGGGUAGACUUUGCCCGCAGCCAGUUGGUGGAUCUGCUGACCGACCGCUUCCAGCAGGAAGUUGAAGAAUUGCUGCAGUCUUCAGUCCUAGAUGAGGAUGAGGUGUAUAGUCUGGCGGCUACACUAAAGCGCCUCUCUGCCUUCUACAACGCUCAUGACCUGACUCGCUGGGAGCUCUAUGAACCAUGCUACCAACUCCUCCGGAAGGCUGUGGAUACAGGAGAGGUUCCUCGACAGGUGAUUCUUCCAGCCUUGACUCUUGUCUAUUUUUCUAUCCUCUGGACACUAACCCACAUUUCUGGAUCAGAUGCUUCCCAGAAGCAGCUGUUGAGUUUGAAGGGCAGAAUGGUGGCCUUCUGCGAGCUCUGCCAGAGCUGCCUCUCAGAUGUGGACCCUGAGAUCCAGGAGCAGGCUUUUAUCUUAUUAAGUGAUCUACUUCUCAUCUUCAGCCCUCAGAUGAUUGUGGGGGGAUGUGAUUUCCUUCAGCCCCUUGUAUUUUUUCCUGAAGCCACUCUCCAGUCUGAGCUAGCCAGCUUCCUCAUGGACCACGUCUUCAUCCAGCCUGGAGACCUGGGCAGUGGGCCAGGUGAUUCCCAGGAGGAUCAUUUACAGAUAGAGCAGCUACACCAGCGGCGCCGCCUCCUGGCUGGGUUUUGCAAGCUGUUACUAUACGGGGUGCUGGAGAUGGAUGCAGCCUCGGAUGUUUUCAAACACUACAACAAGUUCUACAAUGACUAUGGUGACAUUAUCAAGGAAACAUUAACUAGAGCAAGACAGAUUGACCGAAGCCAUUGUUCCCAAAUUCUGCUGUUGAGCCUCAAGCAGUUGUACACAGAACUGCUGCAGGAACAGGGGCCCCAAGGCCUGAAUGAGCUUCCAGCCUUCAUCGAGAUGAGGGACCUGGCUCGGAGGUUUGCCUUGAGCUUUGGGCCCCAGCAACUACAGAACCGUGAUCUUGUGGUCAUGUUACACACGGAAGGCAUCAAGUUCGCCUUGUCUGAGCUUCCUGCAGCUGACUCCUCCAGUCAGCCUCCAAAUCUGGCAUUCCUGGAACUCCUUUCGGAAUUUUCCCCUCGACUCUUCCAUCAGGACAAGCAGUUACUCUUGUCCUACCUGGAAAAGUGUCUGCAGCAUGUCCCCCAAGCACCUGGCCAUCCCUGGGGUCCAGUCAUCACUUACAGGCACUCCCUCAGCCCCCUGGAGAACACAGCUGAGGCCAGCAUUCAGGGCUACCCCCGUUCCAAGAAGAGGCGCAUUAAAGGCCCCUCCAGGCCGAACGGAGAGGACACCUCUCCCUUCCAGGAAGAAAGCCUACAGCUGAACAGCAUCCCACCCACGCCCACCCUCACUUCUACAGCUGUGAAGAGUAGGCAGCCCCUGGGAGGGUUAGAAGAGGUGGAAGAAGAAGAGGGCUCAGAAUCAGAGUUCACUCACGGCCAGCGCCUUUCAGACAUCCAGCGGCUGAGGUACUCAGGUCCACAGCAUCUCCAUACACCGCUCAACUCUUCAGGUCCUGGUCUGGGCAGUCGGCUGACCCGCAGACUCAGCCUCAUGGAAGAGGAAGAAGAAGAAGGGCCAGCAGCUCAGGAUGACGCAAGUGAAGAAUGGCAAGAUACAGACAAGGAUUUCUGACAAGACUCUGUCCCCUUCCCCAUCUCUAUUCCCCACCUCAGUGACAUGACCACUUGGAAAAGGCAAACAGGAGAAAGGAGUAAAAUGAACCAUUCCUUCCAGGCUGCAACCCCCUGGUUUCUGAGAGGGGAAGAAGAGUUUGCCUUUCUAACCUAACCUUUCUCUCUGAUGGCUUUGUUGGAAUUGACACCCCUAUCCUUCCUAAUGCACCAUAGCCCUGACCCUGUGUGUUCGAGCAGAGCACCCAUCUCCUGAUAUGUUUGGAGUAAUGUGGUGUGUGUGGGGGGAGGGGGGAACUCCCUCCAUGUGUUUAAUGGAAAGAAACCACAGUUUUCUUGUAUUAUUAGAACAUAUUUGCCCAGGCUGUCUUGUGCCCUAAUAAUUCGCUCAAUAAACAUGUUCAAAUCAGCUGGUUCCUAGGAGCUGGUUUGAGAUUAUUAAACUGAUAGAGGUCAGGUUCUUUGUCUGCUGGUAUCCUGUAUACUGAUGGCCCAGUGCACAGACAGGCCCCCCACCCAAGCCACCCAGCGCUUUGUGUACAGGCUCUCAAGGAUGUAUUUCUCAGUAAUUGGGAGACUGGAUGGCUGGGUGAGGCAAAGGAGUUAGGGAGAGAUUGGUUGCUUUUGAGUAGUUUAUCUAGUGAUAACAAUUUAGGCCCAAAUAAGGGAAGGCAGUGUUCUGACCAGCUGCAAGGUGGAGUGGGCACCUUAUGAAACACCUACUCUUAGGCCAGGCCAGUCUUUGUCUUGGCAGAUUUCACCUAAGGAUUCCUUGCAGGGGUAAUUUCAUUCCCUCGAAGACACCUGUCAUAAUUUGGAAUUUAUAGAACUGUUAAUACCUGUGAGUUGGGAGGAAACUUAGAAGUUACUCUAAACAUCCAACCCAAAACCCAAGUCCUUGACACCUACUUCUCCUUAACCCUGCCUUCCUCCAUCUGAUUCUUCACCAGGUCCUCUCAAGUUGUUCUCCAGAAUAUAUCUCUAAUCUGUCUCUUCUAGUUGGCACCAUCCUAUUCCAAGGCACUGUCAUCUCUCACCCAGAAUCCCACAAAAUAGCCUCUGGAAAUCUGCCUCCUUGAAACUUUGACUUGUUUUUUAUUGUUCUGCUUCUUGGAGCAGCACAAAAUACCUCUGUUCACGCUUUUCCCUCUGACAAGCAUUCACCCACAAGAAAACAGUUGUCACUUCUACUUUCACUAUUUUCUUCUGCAGUUUAAGUAACCCUGCAGCCUCUCCCUAUGGAUAUGAUUUCCAGUUCUUCCCCAUUUUGGGUAUCUGCUGAAUUACAGUUUCUCACUGUGGUCUCACAGGCUGAACACAGUCAUCCACCUACUGGUCUGUGCAGAAGAAACCAUUACUUAGUGUAACCAAGUCAUGUCAUGGCUAUGUCACAUUAGUCUAUUUUUUGGUCAACCAGAACUAUUUCUCUCCUCUUCUUUUUCCCCUUCAUCUCCUCUUCCUGCCAUUCUUCUCCCUCCCCCACUGCCUACUCCCAGAUAAAAUCUAGAAGUUGGGUUUGUGGGUCUUCUUUUGGAAACUUAGCCCAUUAGUGGCCUGGGAGAUGCCAGCCUGGUCAGAGUUCUUUAGCCUGUUUUCAGGUGGUACAGCGCCAAGGAGAGAAGUUUUUUUCAUGGGAUCUGAGAACACAGUGGGAGAAUUUAGGAGUUAAGUAUGGAGGUCACUAAGGAUCCAGGAGGGUAAGGAUUCCGAAUCAUUUAAAUACUAGCCAAGCUAAGGGUACUUCACAAGAUCAAAAGAAAAACUUGGAGGCUUCGCGUAAAUAUGGAUAUUUGAAGCCAGACAGCCCAGUGUGGUGGAUCAAACCCCAGUCUUAGAACCUGUGGAAGUUUUAUACAUGCUUCCCAAAUUAUAUGAACUCCUUAUUGUGCAGUUGGAUCUGGUCUAUGUGAUUGUUUCACCAGUAGAAUAUGAUAGAAGUGAUGAUAUGCCAGUUUUCAGGCCAAAAUCAUGAAAGAAACUGGUAGCUUCCACUUCCAGUCUCUUGAGAUGCUCCCUCUUGGAACUCAGUUACCUUGCUGUGAGAAAUCCCAAGCAGCCUCAUGGAGGGGCCAAGUGUAGUGUUCCAGCCAGCAGCCUAGCUGACAUCCCAGCUAGCAUUCAGCGUCAUCCACCAGCCUUCUGAAUAAACCUUCAGAUGAUUGCCACCCCAAGCUUUUGAGCCUUCCCAGCUGAGGCCCCAGGCAUCAGGAAACAGACAGUCCUUCCCUGUGCCCUUUCCAAACUCCAGAUCUGUAGAAUCCACGAGCAUAAUAAAAAGGUGGUGGGCCGUAUCACUAAGUUUGGGGUGGUUUGUUAUGUAGCAACAGUAACUGCAACAGAACCGUGGAGCCAUAGACUCCAGAAGUUUGAGGAACUUCAUCAGGUAAAAAAAAAUGUAUUUAUAGAUUCUAUAAACGUACUAGUUUGACACAUUGUAAUAUAUAAAAAUGUAAUGGAUGAGUUAAUGAUGAAGUAAACAUUUUAAAAUAUUUUAUCAGUAGUACAGAAUACCUUUUUGCCCCACAAAAACUUUUUUAGUUAAGACGUCAGUGCUACGUAAAACAAUCUAUAAAUUCAACGCAGUCUCCAUCAACGUUCCAAUAGCCUUUGCAGAAACGGAAAAGGCAAUCCUCCCAUUUAUAUGGAAGGUCAGGGGACCUGGAAUAGCUAAAAGCAAUCUUGGAGAAUAAAGAGCAAAGUGAUGAGUAAACACUGUUGAAAUCAUGGCUUAAUAUUUUGUGAAAUUCUGGUUGAAAGUUCAGUUUAUUUUGAUACUUAGUUUUGUUUUUUGAUGGUACAAAUAAAUACAAAACAGUUUUGCCAAUUUAACAGUUUCUACGUAAUUCAGCAACGUUGAUUAUACUCUUCAUGUUGUGCAACCCUCAUCCCUAUCUUUUUCCUAAUUAUCCUGCCACCAUUAACAUAAAUGUACACUCCUCAAGCAGAAACUCACUUCUCCUUCCCUCCCACCCCUGGUAACCACUAAUAAGCUUUGAUUUCUUUGUAGUGCUUAUUGCAUAUAGUGAGGUUGUACAGUAUUUGUGACUGACUUAUGUAGCUGAGCAUGAUGUUUUCAGGGUUCAUCCAUGUUGUGGGGUGCGUCACGACCUCAUUUCUCUUUAUGGCUGAAUAAUGGUCCAUUGUAUGUAUAUACCACAUUUUGUUUAUUCAUUCAUCUGUUGAUGGACAUUUAGGUUUCCAGAUUUUAGCUAUUGAGAAAAGUGCUGAACCUGAGCAUUGGUGUACAGGUUUCUGUUGUGGGCAUAGACCUAGGAUUGGGAUUACUGGGUCUUAGGAUAGUUCCAUGUUCCUUUUGAGGAGCCACCAAAGUUUUCCAUAGCAACUGCACCAUGUUGCAUUCCCACCAGCAGUGGGUGAGGGUUCCAGUUUCUCCACAUCCUCUCCAACACCUCGUGUUUCAUUUUUUUGAUCAUUGCCAUUCUAACAGGGGGUGAGGUGGUAUCUUACUGUGGUUUUGAUUUGCAUCUUAAUGGCCAGUGAAGAAUCCCUAGUGGCAUAGUGGUUAAGAGCUCAUUUGCUAACCAAAGGGUCAGCAGUUUGAAUCCACCAGCCGCUUCUUGGAAACCCUAUGGGGCAGUUCUACUCUGUCGUACAGGGUUGCUAUGAGUCGAAAUCGACUUGACAGCAACAGGUUUGAGUUUUUUUGUUUGUUUGGUUUAAUGGCUAAUGAAGGAGCCCAGGUGGCACAAUGGUUAAGCACUCGACACCGAACCAAAAAGGUUUGCACCAGCAGCUCCACAGGAGAAAAGACUUGGAAUCUGCUCCUCUAAAGAUUACAGCCCUGGAAACCCUAUGGGGCAGUUCUGCUCUAUCUUAUAGGGUCACCGUGAGUUGGAAUUGACAGUACAGAGUAACAGUGGCUAAUGACGGUGAGCAUCUUUUCAUGUGCUUGUUGACUAUUUGAACAUCCUCUGGUGAACUGUCCAUUUUUUGAUUGGGUUGUUCAUUGAGUUGUAGGAGUUUGUGUGUGUGUGUGUGUGUAUGCACACCAGGCUCUCCACCGAUGGGACAGAGGACUCUCUUCUACCAUAAACCUUGUAGUUCAACUUUAAUUUAACUUUGUGCAGGAGAGGCAGUUCAGCAUAAUUGUCAAGAGUCUGAGUUUUGGAGCUAAAAUUGUCAGGGUUCCAAUCCUGGCUCAGCUUUUUAUUAGCCUUGUGACCCUGGGCAAGUCAUUUCCCUCGUAAGUGAUGGUAAAUGUUGAACUAAUAUGUGAGUGGUCUUAUAUUAUUUUGACAAAAAGUAGAAUGUAAUAAUAAGCAUACAGGAACAAAAGUAACCUUUUUUACAACACUUAAAAUAUAUGUAAACUGGAGUAACGGAGAAUGAAGAACAUCAAAGACACAAGGAAAAUAUUAGCUCAAGAGAUGAAAGGGCCACAUAAACCAGAGACCCCAUCAGCCUGAGACCAGAAGAAUUAGAUGGUACUCAAUGACCGGCCUGACAGGGAACACAACAGAGUCCCUGAUGGAGCAGGAGAAAAGUGGGGUGCAGAACUCAAAUUCGUGUAAAAAGACCAGGCUAAUUGGUCUGACUGAGACUAGAGGAACUCUCGAAGACAUGGCCCCCAGACUCUCUGUUAACCCAGAACUGAAACCAUUCCUGAAGCCCACUCUUGAGACAAAGAUUAGAGUGGACAAUAACACAUAAAAUAAUACUCUUGAAGAGUGUGCUUCUUAGUUCAAGUAGGUGUUGUUAGGUGCCAUCGAGUCAACUCCGACUCAUAGCCACCCUGUGUACAACAGAACAAAACACUGCUUGGUCCUGCACCAUCCUUACGAUCAUCGUUGUGCUUAAGCCUGUUGUUGCAGCCGCAUGUCAGUCCAUCUCACUGAGGGUCUUCCUCUUUUUCACUGACCCUCUACCAAGCAUGAUGUCCUUCUCCAGGCACUGAUCCGUCCUGACCAUGUGUCCAAUGGAUGUGAGACGUAGUCUCGCCAUCUUUGCUUCUAAGGAGCAUUCUGGUUGUACUUCUUCCAAGACAGAUUUAUUCAUUCUUUUGGCAGUGAGUGAUAAAGUGAAUAUUCUUCACCAACACCACAAUUAAAAGGUGUCAGUUCUUUUUUUCAUCACCUUUAUUCAUCAUCCUGUUUUCACAUGCAUAGGAGGCAAUUGAAAACACCAUGGCUUCG